AUGUUUGGCGGCAUGGGCUUCAUGUUUGCGAGCAGGUCGGCGGAGCCCGACUUUGAGGUGCUAGAGCGGUUGCCGUGCUUGGCCAGCAUGAGCAGGGAGCUGGCGAUGAUGCUGGACGUGGUGCUGAUGUUGAAGGUGUUGUGGGCGUCGCCUCCGGUUCCGACAAUGUCGACCAGCCCGCCCUGGUUCCGGUCGAGGAUGAUGCGGUUGAUCUCGGUCAGGUCGAUCUUCUCGGCGGCGGAGCGCAUGCGGGCGGCCGUGGCGGCCAUGACGUCGGCGCGGCGGUCGAAUCCCGUAAAGUGCAGGCACAUGAGCAGCGAUGCGGCCUGCACCUCUGAAACGCGGUCGGUGAAGAAGUACGAUAUCGCCUCUGCGAUAUCGUCCGCGCUCACCUGGUUGAUGUCCUCCUUGGGCACCGGCCAGAGCCGCGAGAGCAGCGGCUUGAUGUCGAUCUUGGGUAGAUCAGCGCCAUUGCCGUUGGUGUUUGGGGCAACCAUUAACAGUCAUAAAGGCCAAAAUAGGUAG